GUCCCUUUCUCCGGCUAUUACACUGGUCAUCUGUGCAAAAACACAACACAUCUUUUUGGGCGGAAAAGUGGAAUUUGUGUGCAAACACCAUGACACCCCCAUGUUUGAUAUUAACUGCAUGCAUGAAUAUUGCUCAAGCGUCACAUGAGCCAGUUACCGACUGCACGUGCAGGGCGCACGGCAUUGCCAACGAGAGAGGAGGCGCUGGAUAGUGCGCAUGACCGAGAGUAAACAGAGAGAGUGAGAGCACUUGGGAACCUGAAGUCAUCAUUUCCACAGCUUUUCACUUUGGACUAAACAACAGUCAUUUUACACCGGAGGGGAGAAAGAACACCAUCAUUAAUGUAAAUGCAGGGACAUUUAUUGGGUUUAAAAAGUAACCCAUGCCACUGACAGCGAGGUUUGUUUGGGAAUUUCAGCACUGGACAGUUCUCUCCGCGUGUCUCGUGCUCACAAGCGCGCUUCUGGCAUGUGCGCCCGGAGAAUGAGCAUCUUUCACAGCUGCUGGGGGGCACGAGCAGAGAGCAUGGCGGACUCUCCACAGUAUCGUCCCCACAACUGCCGCUAAAGCCGAGCCUCGAGAGAUGAGCAUCCCGGAGUUCCUACUGGAAGUGUCCAUUGUGGUGAUAGCUGUCGUCUCGUUGUUGACAAAUGUGUCAGUGCUGCUAUGUUUCACCCAGAGCACCGAGUUAAGAUCCCAUGUGCCCGGACUCUUCGUCCUGAACCUCUCCUUCUCCAACAUCCUCCUCGCCGGUAUCAACAUGCCCUCCACUUUUCUCGGGGUGGCCAAAAGCGCAAAGCCCUUCGGGGACUCUUUCUGUAAAGGCGUCAGUUUUGCAGAGACUUUCCUCACCAUUAACACCAUGUUGAGCAUGGCCGCGCUGAGCAUGGACAGGUGGAUAGCGGUGGUGUUUCCCCUGAGUUACUCCAGCAAGAUGCGCUACAGAGAUGCCUUUCUGAUCGUGGCAUACUCGUGGCUGCACUCUCUCACCUUCUCUCUGACCCAGCUGCUGAUGGACUGGGGAGGAUACAGCCACACUUACGCGUCGUGCACCGUUCACCUGGACGGGGAGGAAAUGUCGCAGUUGCCCGUCUACGCGACCUUCACGGUGCUGUUUCACCUCAGCAGCUUUGCUCUCUGCCUCCUCGUCCUGUGCUUCGCCUACAUGAAAGUUCUGAGAGUGGCCAGGUCCCACUGCAAGAGGAUAGAUGUCAUCACAGUGCAGACUCUGCUUCUGCUGGUCGAUAUUCACCCCAGUGUGAAGGAGAGAUGUCUAGCACAACAGAAGAAGAGGAGGCAACGCGCCACUAAAAAAAUUUGCAUCUUCAUUGGCUCCUUCAUCCUCUGCUUUUCACCCUAUGUUAUAACAAGAUUGGUGGAGUUGUCGCCCUCCGUGCACAUCCCUCGGUAUUUGGGCAUUGCCACCAAAUGUCUGUCCUACGCCAAGGCUUCCAGUGACCCAUUCGUCUACUGUCUGCUGCGGCUGCAGUACCGGAAGGUCCUGGUCAGUGUUAUCAGCCGGGUUCUGGGGAAGAAUCAGCACUCACUGUCUGCCCACAGCACAAGCAGCACACUGGACACCAUGGAGGACAACUGCAUGGCCAGGAUUACCUGAGCUCCAUGUGCUAAUGUUUAAAUCAUUCAACACCCUUCUGCAGGAAGGUCAGAGGUCAGGGCCUGUAAAAAGCACAUGCCCUGCAGAUGGAAAGCAGUCAGUGCCUUGCUCAAGGACACUUUAACAGAGGACCUGACCAUGUGACUGUGUAAGACACUGUGUUGUCCACUGGGAGAACUGUACACUCUCUGGCCUCUGAUGUGUGCCAAAGGCUUGUUCGGACUCUACAGACAGUUUCCACAGGGCCCAUCAGUUUGCCUGCUGAGGCAAUGCCAAGGAUACACCACAUGAAACCCACAGCACUAUUAUUAUCAUAAAUGUAAAUGUAUGUUUAAAGAAAUCUUGAAUUUGCCAGGGAGUGGUCUUCCUGGGUCAGUCCAAAACUGGAAAAAUGUGAAAGUUUGUGUUAAUGAGUGCCAUUUUUAACACGUAAAGUACAAUGUAAUAGCAAAAACACAGAUUAGAUAAUAAACUCCACUGCCACAGA